AUGGAAGGAGUUCCAGGGGUCAAUACUGUUCCAAAUCCUAACCAUUAUGACAAGUCAGUAGUGCUAGAUGUAAAACCGCUGCGAAGUUUGAAACCUGUUUUUCCAAAUGGUGAUCAAGGUCCACCAUUUGUUGGAGGUCCACCUUUUGGUCCUUCUCCUUCUUCUGGGUAUUCGCCUUUCUUCCCAUUUGGAACACAACAACCAACGCAAGAUACUCCAGAUCUCAACCAAACCCAGGAGACACCUUCUCCAUCAUUUGUUUCUCCUCUUCGAUCGUAUCGAACGCCUACUGUAUCAAAUGGCCCCAGCAGCUCCAGUGGAACUAAAAAAGCAGUUGGUCGUCCUAAGGGAACUGGUAGUGGGAAGAAAAAAGAGAAGACUGUGACCAAAGACUCUAAUUUGGAUGAUCAGGUAGUGAAAAGAUUCAGUGCAGAUUUUGACAGUGGGAUCAGUGUAGCAGAGCGAGAGGAUGGAAGUAAGGACUUAGUAAGUAGCGUAUUGAUGCGUUUUGAUUCAGUUAGGAGGCGGCUCAGCCAAGUAGAAUAUGCAAAGGCAGCUACUUCGAAAGCAGCAGGUACUUUGAUGAGCAAUGGGAUACGAACAAACAUGAAGAAGAGAGUUGGGACGGUUCCUGGAAUUGAAGUUGGAGAUAUCUUCUUUUCUCGGAUAGAGAUGUGUUUAGUGGGUCUUCACAUGCAGACUAUGGCUGGAAUUGACUAUAUAACUGGUAAGGUCGGGUCAGAUGAAGAGCCUUUAGCAACUAGCAUUGUUUCAUCUGGACGUUAUGAUGGUGAAGCGCAGGAUCCUGAGUCUUUAAUUUACAGUGGACAAGGAGGCAACGCAGACAAGAACCGUCAAGCAUCUGAUCAGAAGCUUGAAAGGGGUAAUCUAGCAUUAGAGAAAAGCUUGAGGAAGGGCAAUGGAGUAAGAGUCAUACGAGGGGAAGAGGAUCCAGCCAGUAAAACAGGAAAGAUCUAUAUUUAUGAUGGACUUUAUUCAAUCUCAGAGUCAUGGGUAGAGAAAGGGAAAUCUGGUUGCAACACAUUUAAAUAUAAAUUGGUGAGAGUACCUGGUCAGCCACCUGCUUUCGGCGUCUGGAAAUCUGUUCAGAAAUGGAAGGAAGGUUUGACUACAAGACCAGGCCUUAUCCUUCCAGAUCUCACUUCAGGAGCUGAAAGCACACCUGUUUCACUUGUGAAUGACGUCGAUGAGGAGAAAGGGCCUGCUUAUUUCACCUACAUUUCCUCUCUAAGAUACUCAGAGUCCUUUAAAUUAUUAACUCAGCCCACAAUUGGUUGUUCCUGCCAUGGCUCAUGUGCACCGGGAGAUCUUAACUGCUCUUGCAUCCGAAAAAAUGGUGGUGAUCUCCCUUACCUUAAUGGGGUUAUGCUAGUUUCUCGGAGGCCGAUGAUAUAUGAAUGUGGCCCAAUCUGUCCAUGUCAUGCCAAUUGCAAAAACAAAGUGCUUCAGACAGGACUGAAAGCCCGACUGGAAGUGUUCAAGACAGCGAAUCGUGGUUGGGGUUUACGUUCAUGGGAUCCCAUCCGUGCAGGUUCAUUCAUAUGCGAAUAUGCUGGUGAGAUCAAAGACAAYGGUAUGCUUAGAGAGAACCAAGAAGAGGAUGAUGAGUAUGUCUUCGAUACAUCUCGUGUUUAUAACUCGUUUAAGUGGAAUUAUGAGCCUGCGCUGGUAGAUGAAGACCCUUCAGAUGAAGUUCCCGAGGAGUUUAAUCUUCCAUCACCAGUCCUUAUCAGUUCUAAGAGUUUUGGAAAUGUAGCGCGGUUUAUGAACCAUAGUUGUUCGCCCAAUGUUCUGUGGCAGCCAGUUGUUUGUGAAGGAAGUAGUGAAUCAGUUGUCCACAUUGCUUUCUUUGCCAUCCGUCACAUUCCGCCAAUGGCGGAAUUAACUUAUGAUUAUGGAGUCUCCCCGACAUCUGAGGCUAGAGGUGGGAGCCUUUUACAUGGAAAGAGGAAAUGUCUGUGUGGAUCUGAGAAAUGUCGUGGUUCAUUCGGAUAA